AUGCAGAGUCGAAUUCAACAGCUAUCUUAACUUCAACCAGAUAAAAGGAUCCUCAAUUAUGCUUUUAGUUAAUAAGCUGUAAUAGGACGAGGGUCUUAUGGGAUUGUAUAUGUUGGAGUGAAUAUCGAUACAAAGUAUGUUGAAAUUUAAAUUGAAGUUAAGUUGUUGCUAUUAAAGUUGUACCUUUGUAAUUUGAUCAACAAUCUCUAAGGAAAGAAAUUGAUAUAAUGAAAGAUUUGGAUUGUCCAAAUAUUGUUAAAUUAUUAGAUGUUGUCCAAACCCCAAAUAAUUGUUAUAUAGUUAGUGAAUUAUGCACAGGUGGUGAUUUGAGAGUUUAUAUGAAAAGAUAUGGAUGUUUAACAGAAUAAUAAGCAUUACCAAUUUUGACUCAGAUUUUAAAAGGGAUUUUAUAAUCUUUCAAAAAAGGAAUAAUUCAUCGUGAUUUGAAACCUGCUAAUAUCUUAAUUGCUUCUGACAAUAUAUUUAAGAUAGCUGAUUUUGGAUUUGCAAAAAGAUUCUAACAUUUAGAGGGAGAUCUAAUGAAUUCAAUGGCAGGAACUCCUUUAUAUAUGUCCCCUUAAGUGUUAUUAAGGAAAUAAUACACUUCCAAAUGUGAUGUAUGGAGUGUAGGCCUUAUAUAUUAUGAAUUAAUAGAAGGGAGAACUCCAUGGAAUGUUAUGGAUAUUCUUGAUUUAAUUAAUAAGCAGAGAAAUACCAAUAUCAAAUUUAGUAAUUUUAAUUGUUUAUUAAUUUUAGGUAAAAAGAUAUCACUCAUUUCAUAAUAAUUCAUUUUGGGAUGUUUAUAAUAUGAAGAAUAAAAACGUUUAGGUUGGGAAUAAGUAUUUACACAUCCUUUAUUUGAUAAUAAAUUCUUAAUUAAAGAGCAAGAUUAAAAAUCUUAAAAAUCUCAGCAUUCUACCUCGUAAAUUAAAAAUGAAUCUGAUUCUUCAAAUAUGAACACAAAAUUAGUUGCAGUAAAUUCACCUCCAUAAACUAAAUCACCUCUUUAGAUAUAUAAUAAAUAAUAGAAAACCAUCUAAAAAGAAAUAUUAUCAAAAGUUGAAUCACCUAAAUAAGAAAUUCGUUAAUUAUUUAAUCAUAGUAAAACUGUUAUGCUUCCAGAAACAUAAAAAAAAGAUAGGACUAUUAGUAUUGGCAAUUAACCAUAAAGCACUAGAAAUAGUGGGAAUAAAAUAUUUAAUGAAAAUUAAAAAGUUUUAAUUAGAUAGAGAAGUGAGAAUGAUGAAUUGUCAAAUAAUAAACAAAUUAUUCAAAAUUAGAUAGAAUAUUUAUAAUUACUUAAAUAAAUAAGAAGCUAAUUGUUUGAUUAUUAGUAAGUCACCAUUUAAUAAACUACUGUAUAUAAAUUACAAUUUAUCAUUUUGAAGAAUAUAAUGAUGAUAACAACUUAAUUGAAAAGUUGUUUAAUUGAUGGAAAUGUAAAUACACUCGAAUUGAAGGAUUUCGAAAUCUUUAAAUAGAGAGAUACAUUUAAAAAUAUAGAAAAAUAAAUUCUAGAAUUACAUUUCGAUAGUUUCAAUAAUUUUUAAGAAUGCUAAUUACUCUUAAAUGAGAAUUAUACUUUAAUUAUGAAUGAUCUGGAAUUCAUGGAUAUUUUUAAUAAUAACUUUGAAUAUUCAGUAUAAUUUUGUAAUUUGGCUAAGCAUUUAAGUUUGUCAUUUAUUAAAUGUAAAAGAUAUAACUAAAUUUAGAAUAUUUAUAUUAAAUUAUAUUGGGUUAUGAAAAUCCUAAAAUUUAAUCAUUCACAUUUAUAUUGUGUAAUUAUGCAAAAUUCGUUGGGGAAUACACUUAAAAUGUAGAAUAAUUCUUACACUGUAUUAAAAUAUAGUUAACAAGGAGCGAAUGUAUAAAUUAUAUUGAAAAAAUAUUAUUUAAUUGA